AUGCAAGCGACGGGCUCUUUCCUUCGAAGCUGCCUUUCGGCUCACAGUGUACAGGAAGGACUCACAGCCUUCACUCCAUGCGCUGGACUGGCUGACGGCAAGCUUGAAGCUAUGGCCACAGACAGAAGAUAUGAGGUGAAGAUGUCGGUACCAGAUGGCGCGAUGCCUGGCACCUUGUUGGAUGUGCCUGUCAGGGGUGGCUCCGAGAAGGCCUCGAACUCCGGCUGGGCCCAGGUCCUGAGCCAGGCUGAGGGCAGCGCUGAGUGGGACCUGAAGGUCGAAGAGGCGAUAGCGCCUACACAGGAUGCGAGCGCCACUAGCGAGGUGAUGAGGAGUGCGCCAGUAAUCCAGCCGGCGCAGGAGGAAAGCCCCAAGCCUACAUUGUCUGAGCAGCCCGUGGCAUACACCGUGAGGGACCAGUCGACAGACGACGGUGAGGCCAACCAAGGGCAGGCAAAACGUGCUGCCUUGGAAAAAUUGGCGCAACUAGAAGCUCGGAUCGCUGAGCUGUUGCCAGAGGUCGAGAGAGAGCGCCAGGCCCGGAUCAGCAAGAACUCCCUCCUGGAGAAGCGUCUGCAGGAAGUAGAAUCACAGCUUCUGAGCCUUUGCUGA